GGGGUCAGGAGCCAGGCAAGGAGAGCCCGAACAAGAGGAGCAUUUUCCUGGGUUCUUCCAGCUGUUCUGUUCAAUCCCGCCGUCAGUUCUGAGCAGGGAAGAGAGACUGUCAACACAAAUAAGGCAUUUUUCAAAGGCGUAAAUUAUGAGUUCCCAAAACAAUGCGACAUCUCAGCCACAUGGAGAAGUGGAGAGCCCCACAGCUGGAGCAGAUGUGGCUGUUAUUGGAGGUGUGAUUGCUGCCGUGGUUUUCGUCCUCAUUUGCCUGCUGGUGGUGAUGGUGCGCUACAUGUACAGGCACAAGGGCACCUACCACACCAACGAGGCCAAGGGAACCGAGUUCGCUGAAAGCGCCGACGCCGCUUUGAAAAACGACCCCGCUCUCCAGGAAGCAGUGGAUGAGAGCAAAAAGGAAUAUUUCAUUUGAGAGGGAAGGAUUUCCAUGGAGACCUCCCUGAGGGAAUCAGUCAGAAGUAUAACAUCAACAGGAGUACUAAGAGAUGGAUAAUACGAGGAUACAGGCAAGCAUCCUAAUUGAAAAGUAUCUCUCUACGUUUUUGUCACUGGGUUGUUUCUUUUCCUCUAGCAGUGAAGAACUAAAUGCCAGAUACUUGCCUGUUGAUUUUAUUAGCAACACAGCUGGUCACAGUUGAAAUCAAUAUCAGAUAAGAAGAAACAAAAUCUCAGUAUGAGUGAUACACCAAAACCAGAUAAAGAUAGCAAAUGUCAAGCCUUGACAUUUGGUGAAAAUAGCAGAUGCCAAAUGAAAACAUCCUCUUAGAGUUAAUGAUGCAUCCUAUUCUGAUAUGAUGAAGAACUACCUGAAAUUGAAUUUCAAAUGGUAACAGAACAAACAUUAAACUAGAUAAAGGUGAUCUAGCUUGAAAAAAAUAAAUCCAUAGCCCAGAUAUCCCCCCCAUCCCCUUAAAUGUGCAUUUUUAUUGGCACUGGGGUGUUUGUGUUGUUUUUUUAGGGGGAUUUACACUGGGAUUUCUUUUUUUAAUGUUUGAAUUUUAUACAUAUAUAAAAAUCCAAGAUACUUCAAAGAAAUAAAACUCUUGGAAAACAUGGAAAAGGUAAGAGUGAAGGAUUUAUUACUGACUUUCUCUGCAUGGCAGCUUGAGAACUGUGAAAUGUUGGAAUUUACAAUAUAGUAUACAAUAGUCAGUAGAUGUACAAAUAUGAUUCCAAUUAGUCUAGGUUUUCUGCACACAUGCAUAAAUAGAUAGAUAUUAAAAGGUAAAGCAUCCUGGUUUGAACAGACCCCUUAAAACAAUGGAGCUCAGCUACACUUUUUUUCAUGUAAGAUAUUUUUGCCUGAAUAUUUAUUUAUUUAUUUUGCAUUAGAAAAAUUCUCUGAGUGCCCGCCAGCAAGAUUGUAGCUUUUUGCAGGGAGAGGAAUUCAGUUCUGGUGCAGAUAUGGGUACAUCUUUCACAAAUGAAAGCUUAUGACUAUCACUAUAAAGAAGCUUGUUCAUCUGCAUCCCAGUGGCUUUAUUUCUCACUCUGUAUGGCUUCUGUGUAUCCUUUGCAGUGUGCUAGACCAGAGAAUUACAAUGACAUCGAUGCUUUAUUAUAAAUAAAUAAAUAAAUAGAUCAUUCAUGGUGGGUCACAUGAAAAUAUCUUCUUUCUCACCUAAGAAUCAAUGGUGAUGAGUUUCUUUACCCCAGUAAGUUGGCUUCCUAAUUGAAGCCCACAGUUACCUCCAGAAAUAGGAUGAUUGUUCUCUGCACCUGCUCAUCCACAACUGUCAUGGUGCCCUGGACUACUGAAAAUAGAGGUGGAGAAAUACAAGAUAACAAAUUAGAUACUGAUGAGCUCUGUUGAUAUAUUUUUUCCUGUGCUUUGAUCUAUAUACGUGUGUGUAUAUAUAUAAAGUCAUCUACAGCUGUGCUUUCAAGACACAGUUGCUGAUCAUUUGUGCUCACUUCUUGGCACCAAAGCUUGGAAAGCUCCUGGGCUCUGGUGUUCAUUACUGACACUGGCCUCAAAAAUGCUGUAAGAGAUCUGAGCAAGGCAAGACUCUGAGGACCCAACUGAAGAAACAAGACAUAUUUGUCCUUCAAUCACAGUCUCAGUCUUUUGUCAGUACUUGAAGAAGACUCUGAAGAAGACUCUGAAUAAUUUUUAGAAUGCCAAUACCUUUUAUUUUGAGUCUUAAAUCCGCAUGUGUUAGCAUUUUAACCAAAGAAUGUGAAACUCGUGCCAAAUUUAUUAAAUGCUUGGGAUGCUUUCUGUAACAUACCAUUACAGAACCACAUUGUAUUCUGUGGCUAGUGCAGUAUAAAAUGCACAAAACACAGAGCUCAAAUAUUUUGAUAUUUUGCACCUAUCUCCUGACCCAUUAAUAUUUUAAUAAUUUUACUACUUUUGAAAUAGGAACUAUUUUAUUUCUCUAGGAAAAGUGUUAGAAAAAAAAUCUCUUAACUGUAAGACUGAGUUUGUAAAACUGAAGACCCCUGAUCCUCCAGUUCAGUAAAAAUGUGAAUAUUUCCUUUGAGAAAAAGAUAACUGGAGUGACUUGAGUUCUGCUGCAUCUCCCACAAAAUGUGCGGGAACACCAAAGAAUUUUCCUCCAGCCCUAGAAGGACCUAUAGAGGACUACCAGCCUUUUGUCCCCUUUCAUACAUUCAGAAGAUGUAACAUUAUUAUAACUGUUAAAGAAAAUUGACUUUACAGCAAAGUGUGAUGGACAUAGGGAAUAAAUUCCUGCCUCUCUCCUCAGUCAUGAAAUUCUGGCUUUUGCAAGUUGAGCUUGCAGAUUUUAAUUAGACACCUGUGUCAUACCUGUUACACACAGGAACCAGACUUAGUGUUUCUUUUGGUGUGGGUGUGAGUUUUUAAAUUAUGAUUUAGACAAAAUGCCACACUGGAAUUGUAGAGGCCUGAUUUUGUAUUGUAUAGCAUGAGCUCAGAGGAGCUCACCCAAUUCUUACCAGUUCAGUCAACUUCAGACUUUGUGUCAUUGCUUCCCUUAAAUCUCAACUGAAUGCAACUUCUGGUCUCCGACUAUAUCUCUUCUUUGUAGUUUAAUUAACAAUCUUUAUCCCAUUUUCCCUAUUUAUCUAGUCUGACAAACAGUCCAAGCAUUCAGGAACAGCUUCCCUGUUGGUAACUUUGAAUAGCUGGGUAGCAGCACUUUGGUCAUGAGCUGUAGUUUCAGUAUUUCUUUACUGUGUCCUUCUGGGUUUCAGGGCCUUGUGUGUUUAGAAACUACUUAAGCACAUUCAACAGAGAGAAGAAAUGGUUUGCGGAGAUUUUCUAUUUCUCUGUUUUCUUCAGGAAAAUCUUUGCUUUGUAAUGAAGAAAUCUCAUGAUAUCAGGUGACUGGCACAUUCUAAUGGCCUCAUCCUGCUGUUUUUUACUCAUACAAUAACUCUACUGUCUUGAGUCAUUCAAUUUAGUUGUAAAAAGAGUGCAUUACAAACUUCCUGUAGCUGUAACAAGUAAUUAGCAAAACAUCCUUCUGCAAGCAGCACGCUGUGCUAAAACAAACAUUGUGUACAAGGCUGAGACAUCUCAGUUGGCAGCCAUAGCUUUUCAUCACUGAUGGUUAAAUGACUUUUACAAUUUGCUUCCUGAAUAGAAUAAUUAAUAAAACAGAUUCUUCUUCCCACACAAGUCAGGUCUCUCUAAUGCUGUGGCCUGUUGUCCUGCAGCUCUUUGUUGCCUCAUUUUCUCAGCUGUGGCUGCUGUUCUUGCACUCCCUCAGCUCUCAUCUGGAUCUCUACUGCCUUCUCUAUGGCAAAGGAUUAGCCAUUUACUUAUGUAUUUAUUUACCUAUUUUUAUCUAUGAAGGUGCUCUGCCCCUCUCUGCUAGCCAAUAAAAGUUUUCAGAAAGGUUUUAGGUUUGGAUUACCAAUCCUACGUCAAAUUUGAGCAAACGUGACUAAUCUGACCUGAGACAGACUUACAGAGUGAUCAGCUAUGCCACAUUUUUACAGACAACAGGUCUAAAAAUAGCACUGUAAGUUCUGUCGUUGUUAAAUUUAGUGCUAUAAAUCUCCAGUGACCUCCAAUGUUUCUCCCUAAACAAGGUAUCACUAUGAUGGUCCCUCAAGCCACCUGAUUUUGUCCUCAUGCCUUAAUGCCCUGUGAAAACUUAUUUUAUCCCGUCUUUGCAUAGGAAGUCAUAGGUCCACAUUUACAAGUAUAAGUAAGUAAUUUUUCAAUGACGUAUGGGAAAGCAGUGCACCAAAAUGACCAAUAUUUGCUGAAGCUGGCAGACAGAAAAUAUAUAUGAUCCUGUAGGAACACGUAUUUUUUUAAGAUAUAUGGAAAUGACAAAAAUUAAACAUAGUGCUUCUGGUGACAUUAGUGAGCUUUAAGAGUGGCUUCAUGAAGCUUUUGAAUCUUUCACUGAUAAAAAUAAUCCCUUCCAAAGGGAAAUUAAUCUCCUUUAAACCAUUUCUUUUUGUCAGUCUUUGAAAAAAUUUUCACAGUUUCAAUAUUUUGACAUUCUGCCUUAACAUCUCAAGCUCAAUUUCUUCUAACUUUAUGAGCAUAACUGACAGUCCUCCCCUGCACAAAAAUGACUGCUUGCCCAUCUCGGCCUCUGAAGCAUCGUUACAGCUCAGCAGAGUAUUUCUGUCCAAAAGAAGUCAGUCCCAAUUGUGUAUCUGGCCAACCAGACCAUGGACCUGUGUGCAUUUUUUCUGGGGCUUGGCCUCUAUUGUUCCAGUAUGCCAUUGAACAUGAGAGAGAAUUUAGUCAGCCACUUGUCAAGGAAAUGAGACAUAUAGAGAUACACAUAUGUGUAAAUUUUUUUCUUCUUAGAAUACCAAGACCAAUUCACUUUGGGAUACUAUUAAAAAUAGGACUAUGGGAUUUCUCAGAACACCAAGUUUUCUCUUAAAUCAAAUCUAGGGAUCAUGAGUGCACAUCAGCACAUGGAAAUAGAAAGGAGUAUUUUCUUUCAACAAGGAAUGCAGACAAAGUGCUGAAACAUUUAUAGUCCCAGGAUAAGCAGAAAAAGACUAGUUAAAGCCUGCAAGAAUUCCUCACAGAACAGAGGAAAGACUGAGACAAGAUGCUGAGAAAAUCAGUAAAAAGAUGCAGAGCAAGAGAAGGUAAUCUGAUGCCAAUAGAGAUGGAGAGAAGUUUUUCUUCAAACAAAAUAGAUAUUCCUGUUUGGAUAAAUCAGUGUAUUUGCUCACUGUAACUGCUGACAACAAAUUUCUUUGAAUUUUAUGGGAUGUUUUCUUUAAAUAAAAUGAGAUGUUUGGAUUCCUUGUGUGUGCAAGUCCAAUAAAAAAAUGAUGGUACAUAAACACCAACAGGACGCUCCCAUGAAAUGUAUUAAAAGCUGUUUAUUGCAUUUUCUAAAAUCUCUUGUUCUUCACAUAAGAAGGCUUUGAAUGUUUAGAAAAUGCAGAAGCCUCACAGCAGCAGUUCAUUCAGGAGAGAACACUAAAUACUUGAACAAGCAAUGGACCCACAUCUGAUGUCUGGAAAUUUGGGUAUAUAAAGGAAGAUAACAAUAUCAAAAUAAAACAUAGAUGGUGAGCAAAAAUUCCAACCAUAUUACAAAAAAGUUAGAUAUUUGUUGUAGUAGACAUCCUUCUCUAAUUCAAGACAGUAGUAUUGUAACUGAAAAUAAGGGAUCCUUCUUUUACAUGCCAAUUCCCUGUGUAGUUGGGACAACUACAUUUAGUGGGAGAAGCAUUUUAUUGAUCAUAUUUAUCGUUCCUGCAAAACAAAUUGUAUUUCCAGACAUGCCAGAAAGAACCACAAUAAAUUAAAAUACAGUGUUUUUAAGUGUUGAUCUUUCAGCAUAACAUCUUGCCUUUACACCUUUUCUGUUGUUUUGAGCUGUAUGUAUGAUGGAAAGUAUCUGAUAUGUUGUACUAAAGUCUAUUUGGAUUGCAGCGUUGCUAUUAAAGGAAUGGAAAAAAAGAGCUUCCAAAGCUUACUGCUGAUUUUAUGUUAAAGCUGACUACAAUGUUUGUAUUUACCAAAGUUAAUACACUGAUAGUAUAAAUUUCCUGUAUUUUGAAUGGAAAAAAUAUGAAGAAAUUAAUAACUUUAUAAUUAAAGUUCUAAUUUUCAG